CAUUCCGAAUCAGACGGUGGACAAACCAGCAAGCGUAGGAGCAGCAAUAGCGGAUAUACGAAAAUCGAACCAAAUUCAUACUCGAUUCGCACUUAAUACAAAUAGGUGUCAGUGUAACACUUAUUAAAAAAAAAAAAAAAAUAAAAACAUAAAUAAAUAAAACCGAAAAUGACUGAGCUUAAAGAUGAAGAAAUCUACCACGAAAAAUUACCGAAUAUAUAUGAGGGAGUUGUCAAAUCGGCAAAAGGUUGUUGCACAACUGCUACAGCAAAGAAAUUUUUCCCCAUUAUUACUUGGUUACCGAAGUAUGAAUUGAAUUUCCUUAUACCUGACUUCGUUGCGGGCCUAACAGUGGGCCUAACCGCCAUACCACAGGCUAUCGUUUAUGGCACAAUAGCCGGUUUGACCCCACAAUAUGGGCUAUAUUCGGCUUUUAUGGGAUGUUUUGUUUAUAUAUUUUUUGGAACUUGCAAAGAUGUGACAAUAGGUCCCACUGCUAUUAUGUCGAUCAUGGUCCAAGCGCACGCGCACAAUGCAGAUUACGCUGUAUUGGCAUGUUUUCUCACCGGUGUUAUCACAUUUCUAAUGGGUCUUUUAAAUCUUGGCGUGCUUGUGCAAUUCAUAUCGAUACCCGUGACGACUGGCUUUACCAUGGCCGCAGCAAUAACAAUUGGUAGUGGACAAAUUAAUAGCUUGUUUGGCAUAUCAUGUCCAAGCAAUGAGUUCAUAGACUCAUGGAUAUAUUUUUUCAGUAAUAUAAGUGACACAAAACGUAAUGAUGCUUUGUUGGGUGUAAUUACAUUAAUUAUGCUGCUAAUUAUGCGUAAAAUCAAAGAUAUUCCCUGUUCGUAUAAAACUCUAACAAAAUAUAUAUCUCUGUCUCGUAAUGCCUUGGCGGUCUUCGUUGGCAUUAUACUCUGUUAUUUUCUAAGUAGCGAUGACUGGUUGCCCUUUCGUGUAAACGGAAAAAUUGUAGCUGGAUUGCCACCGUUUAAACCGCCACCAUUUCAUACCGAAAUCAAUGGCACAUAUAUUGGUUUUGAAGAAAUGGUUGAAGAUUUGGGUGCUUCACUAAUCUCUAUACCGCUCAUUGCAGUGCUCGAGACUAUUGCUGUGGCAAAAUCUUUUUCGAUGGGCAAAAUUAUCGAUGCUUCACAAGAAAUGGUAGCGCUGGGUUUGGCCAAUAUUUUGAGCAGUUUCUUUUCGUCCAUUCCAAUUUCCGGUUCAUUUACGCGUACAGCAAUAAAUAACGCCAGCGGGGUGAAAACAGUUCUUGGUGGCGCAAUCACCGGCGCAUUAGUGAUAAUGACUUUGGCAUUUCUCACCACUACAUUCUAUUUCAUACCAAAAGCUACAUUAUCUGCCAUUAUUAUAGCUGCAAUGAUUUUCAUGGUGGAGUAUGAUAGAAUUGCUGAAAUUUGGCGCUCAAAAAAAUCGGAUAUGAUCCCCUUCCUAGUAACAGUACUUUGUUGCCUUUUCUGGACACUCGAAUAUGGCAUGGUUUGUGGGAUUGUAGUAAAUAUACUAUUUAUUUUAUACAAGAGUGCGAGACCAACAAUUAUUAUCACAGAAGAAACGCUUCCAAAAGACACUGAGAUAGCUAUUGUGGAUAUUCAGGAAAACCUAUCAUACUCUUCAGCAGAGUACCUAAAAUCUAAAGUGGUCAAAUAUAUUUCAGCGCAUAGUGAAAAAAUUGAAAAAGUGGUGAUAAGAGGAGAGGAAAUUCACACUAUUGACUCUACUGUAGCACUGAAUAUUCUAAGCCUAAAACAGGAUUUGCUUGCCUUAAAUUGUGAACUUUUGUGUUGGAAUUGGCAAAUACCAUCAGCUGGCGUCAUUUGCCGCUUACAUCCUGAGGCACGUAAUAUGUUUAAAUUCAGUAAAACACUACAGGAGGUCAUAUCGACGAAUAUGCAAGAAAGUACCACUACAUUAGAUACAAAUUGUGAAGCAAUUACGAUACCAUCAUAACAAAUGUGCCAACAAAAAAUGUUUGUUUAGUUUCGAUUAAAUUAUGUAUAGACAUUGAUUUAAUUAAAUGUAAAAAAGUAAAGUAAUGUUAAACAUAAUUUAACUUUUUUCCACAUUAGAUUUAUAAUGCGAACGAUUAGGGGUAGAAGUGUUUUAGUUGUAAGUCGCAUUAAAAAGCUUUAAUUUAUUCAUCCAUUACUUGUACGUAGGUGAUCACGUUAAAUAAAAAAUAUACAUUUAUACAAACA